UUGGAUCCGAUAUUCUCCGCUUCCUGAUAAGAUCAAUUUGUAGCUUCAGUUGUAGUUCUCCAUCGACGAUAACUGUUUCUUGUUUCAGGUCGAGGUUUUGGUCUUUUUGCAUGCCAGUAACCAAAAGGAGUUCGGAAGGAUAAUCAAAGAGGAACUACGUGUCUUCUUUCUUUGAAAUUUUGAAAUGGCUACACUUGGAGACAUAGGAGUUGCAGCAGCUAUCAAUAUUCUCAGUGCAUUUGUUUUCUUCUUGGCAUUUGCUAUAUUACGAAUCCAACCUAUCAAUGAUAGGGUGUACUUUCCGAAAUGGUAUCUCAGGGGUUUAAGGAGCAGUCCUUCACACUCCGGGGCAUUUGUAAGCAAAAUUGUUAAUUUGGACUUUAGAUCAUACUUGAGGUUUCUAAAUUGGAUGCCAGCUGCACUGCAAAUGCCAGAACUUGAGCUCAUUGACCAUGCUGGAUUGGACUCUGCUGUUUACCUGAGGAUUUACUUGCUUGGGCUUAAAAUCUUUGUUCCUAUUGCAUUGCUUGCUUUUGCAAUCUUGGUUCCAGUUAAUUGGACCAAUGGCACCCUUGAACAUUCAAAUGUGGUCUUCAGUAACAUAGACAAGCUCUCUAUUUCAAAUAUUCCAACAGGAUCAGAGAGGUUUUGGACCCAUUUAGUAAUGGCUUAUGUCUUUACCUUCUGGACGUGCUAUAUGUUACAAAAGGAGUAUGCAACAGUUGCAUCAAUGCGAUUGCACUUUCUUGCAUCAGAGGAACGCCGUCCAGACCAGUUUACAGUCCUUGUAAAAAAUGUGCCUCUGGACCCUGAUGAAUCAAUUAGUGAGCUUGUGGAGCAUUUUUUUCUUGUAAAUCAUCCAGGUCACUAUCUCACCCAUCAGGUUGUGUACAAUGCAAACAAACUUUCUAAAUUGGUUGAAGAGAAGAAGAAGAUGCAGAACUGGUUAGAUUACUUUCAACUCAAAUAUUCUAGAAAUAAAUCUGUGAAGCCAUCCAUGAAGACUGGUUUUCUUGGUCUUUGGGGAGAAAAAAUGGAUGCAAUCGAUUUUUACACAUCCAAGAUUGAUCAACUGUCAAAAGAUAUAGAGGCAGAGCGAGAAAAGAUUAGAAACAACCCAAAGUCAAUUAUGCCUGCAGCAUUUGUUUCCUUCAAAACUCGGUGGGGUGCUGCUGUCUGUGCUCAAACUCAACAAUCCAGAAACCCAACUACAUGGUUGACUGAGUGGGCUCCAGAGCCCCGUGAUGUUUAUUGGCAAAAUUUGGCCAUCCCAUUUGUUUCACUCACAAUUAGGAGGCUGAUUAUUGCUGUUGCAUUCUUCUUCCUUACCUUCUUUUUUAUGAUCCCAAUACUCUUUGUUCAGUCCCUUGCAAAUAUCGAAGGAAUCGAGAAAGCAGCUCCUUUCUUGAAACCCUUACUUGAAAAGAAGAGAUUCGCCUUCAUCAAGUCGUUCAUCCAAGGUUUUCUACCUGGGAUUGCUUUAAAGAUUUUCCUCAUUCUUCUGCCAACAAUAUUGAUGAUGAUGUCAAAAUUUGAAGGUUUUAUGUCCCUAUCAUCUUUGGAGAGGAAAUCUGCGGCUAAAUAUUAUCUUUUCAUAUUUGUUAAUGUAUUUCUUGGGAGCAUAAUCACAGGAACUGCAUUUCAACAACUAAAUUCUUUUAUCCACCAGUCAGCGAAUGAAAUUCCUAAAACAAUUGGUGUAUCAAUUCCAAUGAAAGCAACUUUCUUCAUUACCUACAUUAUGGUUGAUGGUUGGGCUGGAAUUGCCGGGGAAAUUCUGAGGUUAAAACCAUUGAUAAUCUUCCACUUGAAGAAUUUCUUCUUGGUGAAGACUGAGAAGGAUAGAGAACAGGCAAUGGAUCCAGGAAGUCUUGGUUUUAAUACAGGCGAACCUCAAAUACAGUUAUACUUCUUACUUGGCCUUGUCUAUGCUGUGGUCACACCCAUUCUCAUUCCUUUCAUAAUAAUAUUCUUCGGCCUGGCAUAUGUCGUCUUUCGCCAUCAGAUCAUUAACGUCUACAAUCAAGAAUAUGAGAGCGCUGCAGCAUUCUGGCCUGAUGUCCAUGGGCGUAUUAUUGCUGCAUUGAUCGUCUCACAGCUGCUUCUGAUGGGAUUGUUGAGUACAAGGCAAGCGGCUCAGUCGACACCCUUGCUCAUUGCACUUCCAGUUUUAACAAUAUGGUUCCAUAGAUUCUGCAAAGGCCGUUAUGAACCUGCAUUUACCAUAUACCCUUUACAGGAAGCAAUGAUGAAAGAUACACUGGAACAUGCAAGGGAUCCAAAUCUGAAUUUGAAAAAGUACCUCCAAAAUGCCUAUAUCCAUCCAAUUUUCAAGGGAGAUGAUGAUGAUGAGAUUGACACGAUUACCAAAAAUUCGGAAGAGGAGAGUGCGCUGGUCCCCACAAAACGCCAUUCCCGAAGGAACACACCAGCACCAAGCAAAUGCAGUGGUUCAUCAUCACCCUCCAUACCUGAGGUUAUUCAGGAACAGCCUUAACAAAUUUAUUUGUCCUUUACUUUCACUGUACAUUUGUUAAGUUGCAGUAGUUGCAGUAGUUGGUGGGGAAGGGUGAUUGUAAAUCAUACA